AGUCGGUCCAAAAGAAUAGGAAAACAGCAGGAAAGCUACAGAAUUGAGGUUGCCUCAACUGAUUUUGACCGGCCCUAGGGAUCUCUCCAUUGAUAUACUAGCUAUAGAUUAUAAAUUUCCAGAUACCGACUCCACCGUCUUGUCUUUCUGCAUCACCAUGACGUUCGCCGACAUUUUGGACAAUGUCGGAGGAAUGGGCCGUUUCCAAAGAAUGAUGGUCAGCUUCCUAGCCAUCCCGCUGUUGAUGCUGGCCAGCCAUAACCUCCUGCAAAACUUCACGGCCGGCAUCCCGCAGCAUCACUGCCAAAUCCGCAUUGCCUCCAAUGCCACCCGUCAAGGCAAUGGCAGCAUGGGGAAUUUGGGAGCCGAUCAGCUCCUCCGGAUCUCCAUCCCGACCGAUGCGUCGCGGCGUCCCGAGCAAUGCCGGCGUUUUGCGGCCCCGCAGUGGCGCUUCCUAGACCCGAAUGCGACUCUGAGCAAUGAGACUGUGUUGGACACCGAAGCCUGUGAGGAUGGAUGGUCUUACGACCGGAGCGUGUUCAGCAACACGAUUGUCAGUGAGUGGAAUCUAGUAUGCGAAUCUCGGUCCCUCAGGCAGAUGGCUCAGUCCAUUUACAUGGCUGGCGUGUUGAUCGGAUCGUUCCUAAUUGGAAAUCUCUCGGAUAGGUUUGGCAGGAAAUCUCUGAUCAUUUGGUGCUACCUGCAGAUGGGGGUAGCCGGAGCCGGCACGGCCUUCGUGCCCAACUUUACCAUUUAUUGCAUCCUGCGUUUUCUGUGCGGCAUGGCGAUGUCUGGCAUUUCCCUCAAUUCAGUUUCUCUCUGCAUGGAGUGGAUACCCAGCAAAUACCGGGCUAUCGUUGGCACCAUCAACGGUUACAGCUACACGACUGGGCAGUUCAUCCUGGCUGGCAUGGCGUAUCUCAUCCGUGAUUGGCGCUGGUUGCAGCUGGCCGUCUCUCUCCCUUACUUCGUCUUCUUCCUCUACUCCUG